AUGGAUCGAUCCAUGGCAUGUCCAUUCGGCCAUAUCAGCGAGGCGGCAAUCGAGAGAGCUCGCGCCAUACUGGACGACUGUGAGAAGAACGUGGAUGAGCUCGAGAAGGUCUUAGCCAAGGAGAACCACACUGAUGUUGAUGUGUUACAAGUUUUCGAGACAAGUCGAACCCUUUCUGGCGAAUUUUACAACACGUUCCCGAUCGCAGAUUUCGAAUACGGCACAGUGAAGAUCUUCGAUACUAAAGAUGACAUUAAUCGUGCUCGCGAAACUUUGAACCGUAUGGCCGAAGUCGAGGUAGCAACACGUCUUCUCACUGGCGCUGCCCAUCGGAAAGACGUUGAUAGAAUCAGCUACAUAAUAUCAGCGUUGGAAUGCCGGUUCACUGAGAUGAGUCCGACGGCCGAUAUGAGCCAAAAAAUACUUCGGUAUAUCCACGUGACGGGCGGUUCUUGUUGGAAGAUCAAGGGAAUUCUGGAAAUAACCCCACGAGAAGCCACUUUGAACUUUGGUGAUUUCGUUGAUGACGACAAUCAAAUGUUCCUUUGGCAUGGCACGAAAGCUGUGAACUUAAUGAGUAUUCUGAAGGAUGGCUUUCUCGUGAAUCCGCGUAACACCUCAAUUACGGGUAGGCUGUUCGGAGAUGUGGCGCUAGGUAAGUGUUACACAAAGAAUUCGUGGAACCUGCAGUGGGGUGAAGAUAUGCCAAAAGGCUACGAUUCUAUACACGUGAUUGGUCAGAAAUAUCCGCAAUCAUCCAUCACUGAGAAC